CUAAUGUUUCAGGAAAAAAAAACAUUCUGAUCAUCAUCAUCAGAGUCUAUGGAUAUAAACUGGUGCCUCAUCUUCUUCUUUGUCCUCACAUUUUCUCCUUCAGGUCCCACAAAAAUACACGUGAAUUGAAUGGUUCCACUUGUUGAAGGCGCAGCAGAACCUUACUGUUACCUUCAAUGGCGACCCAUUCAGGUACCGCACAGGUUUUAUCCUAUUCAGUCCUCACCAACCACUCUCUAAAACCACCAUCUCUCUUCCAUCGCAGAGUCUCUGUUAACUCGAUUCCCCUUGCUCUCAAUGGAGUUCUAUGCAUUGAAAAGAGGUCAUUUUUGUCCAAUACAGCAACCCCAAUAAGACCCUUUAGGUUCAAUUCAAGUUUCUUACAAAUGGGGUCUCAGGGAAAUUGCCAAAGUAGAGAUAUUUCAACAAAUUCAGCUGGAAGUGAAACUGGCAGCACUUCCUCACUCACCCAAAGUGUGUUUGGGCUAUCUCAUUUGAUUGUGUCCCUAGGGCUUAUUAUUGCUAUGGACAAGUUUUUGAAGCAAGCAUUUGUAGCUGCUGCCAUCAAGUUCCCCAGUGCAUUGUUUGGAAUGUUCUGUAUAUUUUCAGUUUUGAUUAUUCUUGACUCCACUGUGCCUGCUGCUGCUAAAGCAUUGAUGAACUUCUUUGAGCCGGCUUUACUGUUCAUACAGAGAUGGCUCCCUUUGUUCUAUGUUCCGUCUUUGGUUGUCUUGCCCCUUUCUGUGAAAGAUAUUCCUGCUGCUUCUGGCAUCAAAAUUAGCCUUAUUGUAGUUGGAGGAUGGCUUGCUACACUUUGUGUUGCUGGUUUCACGGCUAUAGCAGUAAGAAAAGCUGUGAAAACUGAAAUGACAGAGGCUGAGCCUAUGGGAAAGCCCUCUCCAUUUUCUUCUAUUGAAGUGUGGGCAUGGACUGGGGUUCUUCUUAUAUCGUUUGUUUCUGCAUUAUUUUACCCAACAUCACUGGGGACAAGUGCCAGAACUUGCCUUCCGUUUUUGCUUGCAGCCACAGUGUUAGGAUACAUGGUUGGUUCUGGAUUGCCAUCAAAUGUGAAGAAGGUCUUCCAUCCUAUAAUUUGCUGUGCAUUAUCAGCAGAUCUGACAGCGUUUGCUUUUGGGUAUUUUUCCAAGUCAGGUCUUGAUCCUGUUUUAGGAUAUUACCUCACAAAUGCAUCUACUAAUCCUGGAGCUGGUGACAUUUUAAUGGGAUUUUUGGGAUCUGUUAUUCUCUCCUUUUCCUUCUCUAUGUUCAAGCAAAGAAAGCUUGUGAAAAGGCAUGCAGCUGAGAUUUUCACCUCUGUCAUCAUCUCAACAGUAUUCUCACUGUAUUCAACCGCGCUUGUUGGACGUCUUGUUCAGUUAGAGCCAUCUUUAACCGUGUCCAUUCUACCAAGAUGUAUAACAGUGGCACUGGCCCUUAGCAUUGUGUCCUUGUUUGACGGUGCCAAUCCAUCUCUCACAGCAGCUGUGGUUGUAGUAACUGGUCUAGUUGGAGCAAAUUUUGUGCAAGCAACUCUUGAUAAACUCCGUUUUCAAGAUCCAAUUGCUCGAGGAAUAGCAACUGCUUCUAGUGCCCACGGGCUUGGAACAGCAGCUUUGUCUGCCAAGGAACCUGAGGCUCUCCCAUUUUGUGCCAUUGCUUAUGCUCUGAAUGGUAUAUUUGGAUCCUUACUAUGCUCAAUUCCAGCUGUUAGACAAAGCUUGAUUGCAAUUAUUGGCUGAAAUUGUCAUUAAUAUCACAAUAUGGUACUAAUUUCAUUCCUUUAUAUGCUAUCACUUCCAUUGUUUAUUUGAUGGCUGCACAUAUGUAUAGAGAAAUAUUAAGAUCCGCAAAUAAAUUUAGUAGCACCAUUUUGUCUAUUGUAUAGGAAGCAAUAAUCCAUUUGGGUAUAUUUAUGUCAUAUACUACAAUGACAAUUAUUUAUGGUGUACUUGUUUUUUCUCAAAGUGAGGAGAAUUCUUUA